GUAAAAUAAUCAAGGCAUAUUUCAAUUAUUCGUUGGUUAUAUAAAUGGAUUUGAUCUAUAAAUAGGGGCAUCUUGAUGAGUGAUGAACAGAAAAAGCCACCGAAAAGAAAUGAGGGGAACAGAGUUCAAAGGGCACGUCCUGCUGCUCCCUUAUCCAAGCCAGGGCCACAUUAACCCUCUUCUCCAAUUCGCUAAGCGUUUAGCCUCCAAAGGUCUCAAGGCUACAUUAGCAACUACCCAUUACACUGUCAAGUCCAUCUGUGCCCCAAAUGUCACCGCUGAACCCAUUUCCGAUGGCUUUGACGAAGCUGGCUAUGCUCAGGCCAAGGACGUUGAGUUGUACCUCAAGUCCUUCAAGGCCAAUGGCUCCAGAACUUUGUCUCUGCUCAUCCAAAAAUUCCAGAAUUCUAGUGUUCCUGUCAAUUGUAUUGUGUAUGAUUCUUUUCUGCCAUGGGCUCUUGAUGUGGCCAGGCAACAUGGCAUUUAUGGAGCUCCAUUUUUUACUAAUUCAGCUACUGUGUGUAGCAUUUUCUGUCGCAUACAUUAUGGGCUACUUACCCUGCCCCUGGAGUUGGAGGAUAAUAAACCUUUGUUAUUACCUGGCCUGCCUCCAUUAUACUAUUCUGACUUGCCAACUUUUCUCAGGUUGCCAGAGAGCUACCCAGCUUAUUUGGCUAUGAAAUUGAGUCAGUUUUCUAACUUGCACAUGGCUGACUGGAUUUUUGCAAACACCUUCGAAGAGUUAGAAAGCAAGGAGGCAGGAGGCAUAUCAAAGCUUUGGCCGGCGAAGUUGAUCGGUCCGAUGGUUCCAUCUUCCUACUUGGAUGGCCGGAUUGAAGGAGACAAAGGAUAUGGAGCAAAUCUAUGGAAUCCACUUGGGGAAGAGUGUUUGAGAUGGCUAGAAACAAAGGCACCUCAAUCAGUGGUGUACGUAUCUUUAGGAAGCAUGGUUUCCUUAACAGUAGAACAGAUGGAAGAACUUGCAUGGGGCUUGAGAGAAAGCAACUUAAACUUCUUGUUAGUUGUGAGAGAAUCUGAAAUGAAUCAACUUCCAACUGGGUUCGUAGACUCAACAAAUGACAAGGGUCUAAUAGUGACAUGGUGCAACCAGCUUGAAAUGCUGGCACACAAAACCAUAGGCUGUUUCGUGACACACUGUGGGUGGAAUUCGACCCUUGAAGCUCUGAGCCUUGGUGUACCAAUGGUGUGCAUACCACAAUGGACUGACCAAGUUCCUAAUGCCAAGUUUGUGGAAGAUGUCUGGAAGGUGGGGAUUAGAGCAAAGGAGGAUGAGAAAGGAGUUGUGAGGAAAGAAGAAGUGGUUAGAUGUUUGAAGGAAGUAAUGGAAGGAAACAAAAGCUAUGAGAUCAAGAAGAAUGCGAGAAAAUGGAGUCAGGAGGCCAGAAAAACAGUUGGUGAAGGAGGCAGCUCUGAUAAGCAUAUCAAUGAUUUUGUCCAGCAUUUGGAACUUGCUAAUAAGAAAGAAGAGGCAAAGGUUUUGAAUGGCUAUCGUUAGAGUCAUCAGAUUUCACAAAUCUUUUCCCCUGGAUUAGGCAUAUUCCAUAAAUUACCAGUGGGUCUUCUGAUAUUGUCUUCUUUUUCCAUAUUCUUGGUUAAUGGUUUUUUUUUUUUUUUUUUUUUUUUUUUCAGUAGUAACCAAUGAAUGUAAUCUAUUUAUAGAUCAGUAACAGGUGUUUUCUUUUACCAA